CCCCCGGAUCCCCCUCGCCCCCCGAGGACGACAUCAGCGUGAUGAUCCUCUGCUUCGAUUCGACAUCACACAACGGCUUCAGACGCAGAAUGCCGCACAGUUACAAGGCAUUGCAGGAAAUGGACGCUGUUAUAAUGCACGGUUACAACAUCGUAGGCGACGGCACGCCUGCCGCCAUCAUUCCACUGCUGACCGGUAAGACGGAGCUCGACAUGCCCGAGAUGAGGAAACGCUUCGCCAACAGCAAGGCCGUAGACCCGGAGAACUAUAUCUUCAAAAUGCUCUCCAAAUAUGGCUAUCGCACCGCAUUCUUUGAGGAUUCUCCCUGGAUCGGCACUUUCCAGUAUCGUUACAACGGCUUCAGCUCGCAGCCAGCUGACCACUAUAUGCAGGCGUUCCUGCAGGAGGAGACCAAGUAUGGUGCCAAGUGGUGGAACGGCAUCAACAAGAGGCACUGCAUCGGAGACACGCCUCAGUAUGGUUUCCUCAUGAAUAUGAGCAAACAGGUGACGUCACUAGCACAGAAGCAUUUCUGCUUCACUUUCAUAGUGGACAUCUCGCACGAUGACUUCAACAUGAUCUCCAGCGCUGAUGAUGACCUGGUGGCCUUCAUCGAGCACAUGCGAGACUCCGGCAAGAUGGAGAACCAUCUGUUCAUCGUGAUGGGUGAUCAUGGAUCUAGAUUCUCUGGACUUCGAGAGACAUAUCAAGGCAAGAUAGAGGAACGUCUGCCAUUGAUGGCAAUAAUGUUACCUGAGAAGUUGAUACAGACGCGACCAGAGACUCUGACCUCUCUGCGGAACAACGCGCGUGUUCUCACCACGCCCUUCGACAUUCACACGACUGUUGUUCACGCCAUGGGUCUGCCUCAACUGGCCAAUGAUUAUGUCAUACUCGGCUCUGAUAUACCGAGAGGGAUGAGUCUGUUAGAACCGAUCCCUCAGUCACGUACAUGUGGGAAGGCGGGGAUCUUGUCUCACUGGUGCGUGUGCAGCAAGUGGUACCCGGUGUCGACAGAAGACAAGCUCUACACUGAGGCCGGAGUCGCGCUCGCACACUUUGUCAACAACGUCACAUAUGAAGUCAGGUCUAAAUGUGUCGAUAGAAAGCUGACAUUUAUAGACUGGGUGAUGAAACUGAGCAACAAUGAUGAUGUUCUCAGUUUCAAAUCAGGCAUUGAAUGUAAUGGUCGACAUGAGACUUAUGUCAAAGCUGAUGUCAAGUCGAGACCCAGCGUCGAGUAUUAUCAAGCGAAAAUAAGAAUGACUCCGGGCCGCGCUUUGUUUGAAGGCACGAUGAAAUACAAUGUCAACACGAGACAGUUUGUUGUCUCUGACAGUGACAUCCAGCGGAUUACAGCGUACGCAGAUGAACCUGCUUGCAUCAGCAAAACUCAUCCACAUCUGAAUAAAUAUUGCUAUUGUAAAAACAAGGCGUCGAGAAUACCAUUUAUGUAAUACUGUGCUAUAGUAUUAUGUAUUUAUGUACACGUUGUUCCAAAUUAAAACACAAAAAAUUGCUCCUCACAGUUUAAAAGUAGUUGCUAAAAUCGUACCUUUAAAACUAAACAUCUAUAUGUUUUUUUAUUAACCAGAAAAAUAUAGCGUAAUCUGUUGCUUAUACUGAUCAUAUUUAAGAAAUAAAAAACAUGCAAAUCAUAAUCAAGAAAAUAUCACACAAAAAACCUAAUUAUUGCUUGAUUGC